UUACAUCAUUAGAUGAUAGUCUUUCAGCUAGAAAUUUACGGAUGAAUGAAGUUCUUGGAAGGAUUGCAUCUACAGCUCAAGAGUUGGCUCAUUAUCACUCUGGGGAUGAUCCAAAACAGCGUGAAUGCCAUACACUCGGAUGGAUUCUAGAGUAGAUGCAAUAGAGAGGAGUUUGGGUGCAUUAGAAGAAGGAAUGAUGAGGAUGGCAGGAGAACGGGAGCAGAGUGAGAGAAAGGUAAGUGGAGUUAUGGAGGAGAUGGCUCAGAAAAGGAAACGAUUAGAGAAGCUAGACUUAUUGGAAAGCAUGAUAGCACAGUUGCUAAAGGGAAAAGUUAAUGAAACAGAAUCAGAAGGGAUAUCAGCCUCUCCAUUGCAAUAUACACAUUCGGGACAAACAUCUAGCCAGCGCAACCAGGUCCCUUUGGUAGUCACGGACGAUUUACAAGUUACUGCCAAAAAAGUGGAGCUACCUAAUUUCGAUGGACAAGAUCCUGUAGGGUGGUUGGCUCGAGCUGACCAAUAUUUUUCCGCUCAUCAAACCCCUGUGGAGACGAAAGUUCCUUUGGCUCUGGUUUGUAUGGAAGGUGUUGCAUUACAUUGGGUACGUUGGUUGAAACAAUUAUCAGUGGAAUUGUUGCAAAGGUUUGGGGGAGAUGCUUUUGCUAGCCCUUAUGAAAGGUUGGCAACUGUUCGUCAAGAUGGGUCAGUAGAUGAUUUUAUUGAUGAAUUUGUGGCAAGAGCGGCACAAGUUCUUGGAAUUACAGACCAGUUUUAUAUUGGGUUUUUCUUGAAUGGAUUAAAGGCAGAAAUAAGAGUAAGGAUUCGAUCCCAGGAUACCGGAGACAUUUUUCGAUUGAUGACUCUGGCUCGAGAAGUUGAAAGAGAGCUCUUGCACACUGGAAUGACAAAGACUGUUGGUGAGAAAUCACCAGAUGCAGGAGGACGAUGGAGCUUUGGUUCUGGGCCAAGUUAUAAAGCUGGAGGCCUAGGCUUUUCUAAACAAGCCCAACAACAAUUUAAGGCUCAGACUGAUUGGGUAGGGGCAACUAAAGAGAAAGUUCAGUCCAAAGUUGGGAAUAUUGCACAGAAAGAGAUCCAAAGAUUGCCAGCUCCACCAUUAACGCAAAACAAGAGUCAGCAGCAAUUCUCCAACAAAAGUAGAGGAACUCGUCAUCUUUCCCACCAGGAAUUUGAUGAAUUACGAAUGAAGGGACUGUGCUAUCAUUGCAAGCAGCCGUAUCAUCCUAUGCAUGAAUGCCCAAAGAAAACGUUACGAGUAAUCAUUGUUGGAGAUGACGAGGAAGCAUCGGAAGAAGGCGAAUCAGUGGACGGGGAAGCUAAUCAGAGUCCUAUGAUAAUCAUAGAGGUGGAUGAUGGCCAAAUUACUCAAUUGGAACUGCCUUUAUUUUCGGUAGGUGGAAUUUCUCGACCGAUGACAAUGAAAAUUCGAGGAAGGUUGAAGGGGCAUGAAUUGACAGUGAUGGUGGAUAGUGGGGCGAGCCACAAUUUCAUAGCAAAUAAUCUGGUGACUCAGUUAGGAUUACCUGUUCAAUUCACUCCCACUUUUGGAGUAAAACUGGGCGAUGGUCAUAGGUCUGAAUCACGCGGUAUGUGUACUUAUUUGGUUGUGAAAUUCGGAUCUUUCAAUAUUCAAACUGAUUGCUACUUAUUUCCUUUGGGGGGUGUGGAUAUGCUUUUGGGAAUUGCAUGGCUUGAGACACUGGGUGACGUGAAGGUUAAUUGGGCAAAAAUGACAAUGUACUUUAAUCACAAUGGAUCAAUAGUAUCGUUGACAGGGGAUUCUUCAUUAACUAGAGCUCUGGCUUCUGUGUCUUCUAUUGAAAAAUUAGAUGAUGUUGAAUAUUAUACACUACUCUGGGAAGCUUCACCAGAGAUGAGACUCACUCUUACAGAUGCCAAUUUGGAAAGGGAAAAACAGGAUCAGCUACGGGUCCUACUAGAACAGUUUCAGCCAGUGUUUAAUGACAAUUUUGGUUUGCCUUCAUAUAGGCCAACAGACCAUCGAAUUCCGUUAUUGCCGGGUAUUGCUCCAAUUAGUGUGCGUCCUUAUCGCUAUGCUCAUGGACAAAAAGAUGAAAUUCAGAAAUUGGUUGCUGAGAUGUUAUCUGCGGGAAUUAUCCAACCUAGUUCAAGUCCUUUUUCAAGUCCCAUAUUAUUAGUGAGAAAGAAAGAUGGUAGUUGGAGGUUUUGCGUGGACUACAGGGCUUUAAACAAGGUUACUGUGCCUGAUAAAUAUCCAAUUCCAGUCAUACAAGAGAUGUUGGAUGAGUUACAUGGAGCUAUGUAUUUUUCAAAGGUUGAUCUUCGUGCUAGGUAUCAUCAAAUUCGGGUACACAAGGCUGAUGUUCCUAAGAUUGCGUUCUGCACUCAUUCGGGGCAUUACGAAUUUUUAGUCAUGCCAUUUGGCCUUACUAAUGCCCUUGCCACCUUCCAAGCCACCAUGAAUGACUUAUUUCGACCAUACUUGUGA